CCCAGGCGGACGAACUGUCAUGUUACCUGCCUGAAGUCGCAGCGGGCCAUGUGAACCGCUCUCACAACUCACAGGACAGGGAAAACAAACUGUUUGGCAGUUUUUAUUUUUUGUUUAAUUUAAAAAAAUGUGAGUUAAGGGUCAAAGUACUGUGGCAGUAGAACAUUAGACCUGCGGGGCUUUUUGCGUUAGUUGAAAGUAAACCAGUCAAUCGAAGUUCGGAUCAGACCGAUUUGUAUAAUCAGAAAGAGUGGAAGAACACGAGAAGCCAAGAACAACAUCCGAUUAUUUGACAGUAACACGGGAUGUGUAGCCAGGACAGCUGCGCGAAACAUUUGCCUCGUCCUGAAAAAAGAGCUGCUAUGAUCCAAUCUGCGGUCACGUUCAAGCAACCGAAACUUUUCUCUUUUUUGAAAGCUACUGUGUGGUAUGUGUCACCUGGUAUUUGAAUCAUCCGGUGGGACUAACGGUUUACGUCUGGAUCCUAGUCAACAUGUCAAAAGUAAUCCAGAAGAAAAACCACUGGAUCACCAAAGUUACGGAGUGCACAGUGAUUCGGGACCAUCGCGGGGAGCUGAAUCUGGAGCUACGCGGUGGCGCGGAGAACGGAGAGUUUCCCCACAUCGGGGAAGUCAGAGAGGAUGUGUUGGUUUCUGAAGAUGGACAACUGACGGAGGGGGAGUUACUACUGGAAGUAGAGGGUCUGUCGGUGUCUGGAUUGCCCCUGUAUGACAUCCUAACUGUGAUGAAGUGUUGCAAUGGUCCCGUCAGGUUGAAAACCGUUCGUCAAGGAAACAAGCUGAACAGGGACCUGAAGCACUACCUGAGCCUGAGGUUUCAGAAGUCCUCUCCUGACCAUGAGCUCCAGCAGACCAUCAGGGCAAACCUCUACCGACACGCCGUGCCGUGUACAACACGCCCCCCUCGAGACGGAGAGGUCUCUGGGGUUGAUUACAACUUCCUGUCCGUAGAGGAGUUCCUGGACCUUGAACAGAGCGGAACUCUACUAGAAAUAGGAACAUAUGAAGGUAACUAUUAUGGGACCCCCAAGCCCCCGAGGCAACCCGUGGUUGGCACAGUGACUCUGGGUGAUGGUGUGCUCCUCCACGGCCUGCCAGGGUCCCAGCAGUCAACUCCCAAACGCACCAAGUCUUACAAUGACAUGCAAAAUGCCCGAGUAGUGCCUGCUGAUGACGACGAUGACGACCAGGCCACGGAAAUGAACAACAGUUUUACAGGAUCCUUAGUGCGUAGUCUCUUCCCCUCUCCCUUGUUGUGCGCAGGUAACCCUAGUGACCAGGACGAGAGCUGCGGCGGCGUUCUACGGCCGUACCCCGCGCGCGAGAACGCUCCGUCCUAUGGUCUGAACAACGUGGCCGCCUCCACCUCAGACAGUGGGCAGCAGACGCACGCCCAACCCCAGGCGUCCCCUGAAGACCCCCUGGGACCCCUGCCAGACAACUGGGAGAUGGCCUACACGGAGAACGGAGAAGUCUACUUUAUAGACCACAAUACGAAGACCACGUCAUGGAUCGACCCUCGCUGUCUGGAGAAACCUCUGAAACCCCUGGAAGAAUGCGAGGAUGAUGAAGAAGGGGUACAUACUGAGGACCCAGACAAUGAUCUAGAGCUGCCCGCAGGAUGGGAAAAGAUUGAUGAUCCUGUCUAUGGAGUUUACUACGUAGAUCACAUCAACAGGAAGACCCAGUACGAGAAUCCCAUAGUGGAGGCUAAGCGCAGGAAGCAGCUGGAACAGCAGCAGCAGCCGCAGCCUCCAGAAGGUGAGCGGUACAUUCGAGAAUGGCUAGAGGAGCACUCGUCAGCUGGCGUUGCCCUGGCCAACUACCCUAGCAACCACCUGGAGACCUACCGCGACCCCCAGGUCCCACCCCCACUGCCCCCUGCCCCGGGAGGGACCAAACGAGGGAAGCCAUUCUUCACGCGGAACCCAGCGGAGCUGAAGGGAACUUUUAUUAACACCAAACUGAAAAAGAGCCGCCGCGGUUUUGGCUUCACCGUAGUCGGGGGCGACGAGCCAGAUGAGUUCCUACAGAUCAAGAGCCUGGUGUUGGACGGACCUGCUGCUGUGGACGGGAAGAUGGAGACAGGUGAUGUGAUAGUCAGUGUGAAUGACACCAUCGUGCUGGGCUACACCCACGCCCAGGUUGUGAAGAUCUUCCAGUCCAUUCCCAUCGGCUCCAUGGUGGACCUGGCUCUCUGCCGCGGCUACCCGCUGCCCUUUGACCCUGAUGAUCCCAACACCAGCCUGGUGACCUCCGUUGCCAUUGUGGACAAGGACCCCAUCAUCGUCAAUGGCCAGGAGAGCUACGACUCUCCGUCCAGCCACGGAAGCCAGCCGGGCCUUCCCGUCAACGGGAUGAGGGAGCCGCGCGCCCAGAGCCCGUCUGCCGAGGUGGCAUCCAACGGCUCUCACGGCUACUCGUCCAGCGACGUAGUAACCCUGGCGUCGUCCAUAGCCGGGCAGCCCGAGCUGAUCACGGUGCACAUGGAGAAGGGCGACAAGGGAUUCGGCUUCACCAUUGCCGACAGCCUUACGGGCGGAGGUCAGCGGGUGAAGCAGAUCGUGGACUACCCCCGCUGCCGGGGCCUGAAGGAGUCCGACAUCCUGAUGGAGGUGAACAAGAGGAACGUCCAGAACAUGAGCCACAACCAGGUGGUGGACCUGCUCAGUAAGUGUCCCAGAGGGAGCGAGGUCACCAUGCUGGUUCAGAGAGGAGUGGUGCCGGCCAAGAGGAGCCCUAAGCUGGUGCAGCAGCUGGAGAGGAAGGACAGUCAGAGCAGCUCCCAGCACAGUGUGAGCAGCCAUCGCAGUGCCCACACCGACUCCCCCAGUCACCCCACUUCCAACAUGCCCAGCGAGGCAGUGGCCCCCCUUCCAGCCGCUCCGACCCAGCCGCUGCCCUGUUUGCCUCCGCUGCCCACCCAGGACCCUGGAGAUGGCACCAUGACUCUCCAGAAGAAGCCGGACCCCUUCAAAAUCUGGGCCCAAUCCAGGAGCAUGUAUGAGAGCAGACUGCCAGAUUGCCAGGAGCAGGAGAUCUUCCUCUGGCGGAAGGACACAGGUUUUGGGUUCCGCAUCCUAGGAGGAAAUGAGCCAGGAGAACCCAUCUACAUUGGCCACAUAGUGAAGUACGGUGCAGCGGAUGAGGACGGGCGCCUGCGUUCGGGGGACGAGCUCAUCUGUGUGGACGGCACGGCGGUGGUGGGCAAGUCUCACCAGCUGGUGGUGCAACUGAUGCAGCAGGCCGCCAAGCAGGGCCACGUCAACCUCACCGUCCGACGCAAGAGCUCCGGCUACGGGGUGUCAAAAGGAGAGGCCGACGUGCCUCCGUCCCCCGCCUCAUCCCACCACAGCAGCACGCAGGCCCCCUCCCUGACGGAGGGCAAGCGGACACCCCAGGGCAGCCAGAACUCCCUGAACACGGUCAGCUCCGGUAGCGGUUCCACCAGUGGCAUCGGCAGCGGUGGUGGAGGAGGGGGCUCGGGCAGUGCCGUGGUCCCCGCGGCUCUGCAGCCGUACGACGUGGAGAUUCAACGAGGAGAGAAUGAAGGCUUCGGAUUUGUCAUUGUGUCCUCUGUCUCCAGGCCUGACGCUGGGACUACUUUUGCUGGAAAUGCAUGUGUGGCCAUGCCCCACAAAAUAGGUCGCAUCAUAGAGGGGAGCCCCGCAGAUCGCUGUGGGAAGCUGAAGGUGGGUGACCGAAUCCUGUCCGUCAACGCCUGCUCCAUCACCAACAAGUCCCACUCAGACAUUGUUAACCUGAUAAAGGAGGCCGGGAACACAGUCUCUCUGAGGAUCAUUCCAGGUGACGAGUCUUCCAACGCAUCUCUGUUGACAAACGCUGAGAAGAUUGCCACAAUCACCACCACACACACACCACAAACUGCCACUGAGCCUCGGAACAACUCAAAGUCGAAACAAGCUCCUCCGCCCCCCCCUCCGACACAAGCUCAGCCCUCACAUGAUGCAGAGUUCUACUCUGUGGACCUGGAGCGGGACAGCAAAGGGUUUGGGUUCAGCCUGAGAGGCGGGCGGGAGUACAACAUGGACCUUUACGUGUUGAGGCUGGCCGAGGAGGGGGCAGCUGUCAGGAAUGGCAACAUGAGGGUGGGUGAUGAGAUCCUGGAGAUCAACGGUGAGAGCACAAAGAACAUGAAGCAUGCACGCGCCAUCGAGCUGAUCAAGAACGGUGGCCGGAAGGCACAUCUGGUCCUCAAGAGGGGAGAUGGAUCAGUGCCUGAAUAUGACGCCAGCCAUGACAGGCACUCUCCCACACCCGGGUCACAAAACUCUACGGAAGUGAGAACCCUGCCGCCGAACAGCCGAUAUCACACCUCAUUGGAGUCCACUUAUCCACCAGACCUUCACAAACCAUCAAGCCAUGAGGUUGCUGCGCGAGACAGAGACAGGGACAGAAUGGAGCCCCAGGGCCGGCACUUUAACCCCCACCGCCAUCACACCUGGAACAACCACCACAGUCACAUCACCCCCGGACAACGAUCCCCAGACAACAGCACCAAAGGCAAUGAUAAAAAGAGCCGGGGCCGCAAAGUCAAGAAGUCGGAAUCGGAGAGCGGCAUCUCGAAACUCUUAAAGACUCUGAGGAAGGAAGGCUCUGGGAAGAAGGCGGCGAAGGAGCGGGAGCUCUUCGCCAGUAGCGGCACUCUGGAUCGGGGGCACGUUCGACCGCGCCGUCGAUCCCUUGACCGCUCUCCCGUUGCUAAACACAACGCCUCCCCUGACCGACGCCGGGCCAAGUCCGUGGACCGCCGGGGGGAGCGGGCACACCGCGACCGCACACCCGAGAGGGAGUGCGACGACGGUGGGUUCCUCUGCCAUUUGGCUACUCCCGAACGACCUCCCUAUGACCACAGACUCCUGGCGGAAGCCAGGACACCGGGGCGAGCCUACGUGGGGAUCACCACCCCUGAGCGCCCCAACAACGGGGCCUCCUUGUCGCUCUCGAGGGGCCGCACGCCCGACAGAGGCAGCUUGAAGAACGGCGCCCUCCUGAGUGACUUAUCGGCUGAGAGGAGGGAGGAGAGAUUCGGGAUGAACGGAACGCCAGAGAGGCGCUACAGGUCAGAUAGGGACUCAUCUCCGGACAGCAGCUACAGCAGGGAGGAGCUGAACUACACAGCGCCACCCGCCCCGAGACUGAAGGAGUACUACAGCAGCACGCUAAAGAACAACGCCACCGCUCAAAACAACGCCGGCUACAAGAGCGCUGUGCCGCACCGCAGCAACGAAGGACAACAGCAAAACAACGUGGUAGCCCGCGCCCCAUACCAGUUCCCCGAGCCCAAAAGAAGGCUUUACAAAGAGAGCCCCAAGGACCUCAGCAUCUGAGGGAACGGUGCUCGGCCCCUUGCCUCUCAGACCUUGACAUGCGGAGACCGCAGUACAUACACUGGACUGCUAAAAUGAACCUGUGUGAUUUACCCGAUCGCCUGGUUUAUUUGACUAUGUGUGAUCCCGGAUACAGAGUACAGUCUUUGUUUUAGUUCAUAGUACUGUAUGUUUUGUUUCUGUUGUCAUUAUUUUCAGCAUAAAUGAGGUUGUUUAUACUGUAGUGAAGGUAUGUGUAAUGUGCCUAUCAUAUCACAAAUGGUCAUUUUGCUUUUUUUACAGGCAUCUCUGACUCCACGUGUUUCCUCUGAACAUGCUUGUAUCUGUGGUAACUGGUACUUUAUGAUUGGCCUGUUUUUAUGUUUUUAGAUGUUGUUUUUCAUCCAGAAAUUGCUUUAUAAAGCAAACUAUAGCACAAGACGUUGGUAGUACAGACAUGGACCUCUGCAGUGAACCUACCUAAGGGAAUAUCAUAGAAAACAAAGGCAAACUUACAUUUUAUAAACAAUGGUCAUUUUAGAAUUAAAAUAAUUUAUUUGAAUUGUCCUUUUUUGCAUUUGUCUUGCUAUUUAUUUUCAAUUGGCAGAUACCAUGACAAAGCUUGCUAAAAGCUUUAAGGACCCCCCAACCUGAAAAGGAGAAUAAUUUAUACCACAGCUAAUACAUUUUUACAGCUAAUACAUCUUUAAUAAAGUUUACAAAGCAGCUCCCAUCUAAGCAGCUCACAACCCCAUUCCCCCAUAUCUGACCACCUACUGAGAAAAACACUAGGUAUUGUUGAUAUGCCACUCACGAAGCAGACAAGUCUAAAACCCACCACGAUCUGAGGCUGUUCUGAUCUACUGUUUUUCAGUUUCUUUGGUAAUGAGGCAAAACAUCUCCUCAGUCAGAGGCAUAUGAGUAGACUACCUUCUGGAGAUAAAUGUAAAAAGGUUCUGAAUUCUUGAGGAAAAUCGAAGCAACAUGUUACCAUGCUAUAGCCUGUAGCUUAAAGCCUGCUCCCUUGUUAGGAGCAACAUGGAAAUUAUGGCACAGAUCAAGUCAAGAUAAUUUUUUUAAGUAACUGCAGUCCUAGAAUGAUUUAUGUUAAAUACAGUUAUGGAUGUGAAGACAGCUAGACUACUGCACCUGUUCCAAUAGGAAACAAUUGGUCCAAUACAGGCAAUAUGGGAGUGGUGAUGAUGUAAUUAAGUUAGAGGAAGUUGUUGCAACAGUAACCGCUGGAAAGUUCCGGUACAGAAGCGGGGCCUAUCUGCCAUGCUGAGCCAUGCUGAGCCAUGCUGUCAUGCCACUGGAGACUGACUGCUGCUUUAACCGUGUGUUUUUUCUGUGUAUUCUCUGUUUUAUGUUUCACAAAACAACUAAAAAGAUACAGGAAUAACCACAUCAAAUGCAUUGUUUUUUCACUGUUGUUGCCGUGGUACUGUAAAAGAAAAUGAAUUGACGAAGAAUAAAAAAAUAAACAUUUUUAAAGUAGUUAACCUGCCGACCACCACCUGUACAGAAUUUGACUAUGUAACUAAUAGGAACCUGUUGACGAAUAAAAUGUUGCCUUUUUCUUGUACAAAAGAGAAAUUUAUGAGAAACCUCUGCAGUGAGGAAUGUGAUAUUGUGUUUAUAUUUCUGAAAUGGACCUGAUGAUUCAUGGGAAAUAUGUUAAUGUACUCUGAAUCAGGUAUGUAAAGACAUUCAAAAACGGAUGACUGUGUUUGGUCAAUCGGAAGCUGUUUGUUGGUUUGAAUAUCUCUUGAUGGUUAGCCUGCCUUUGUAUUAUAAAGCACUUGUAUGCAGUCUGUGUUCUUUAAUGCAUUAUUUCUUGCAAUGUGCUCCAGACAACAAUGCUAUCUCUGUGUUGAUAAAAACAGUACAUGUAUAUGGGCCAAUCUUUUUUUAUAAAACACUAUGCAUAUAUAAAUACUACAUUGUUCAUAGGUUUAUUUGACCCAUGAAGCUAUACAUAACAUUAGUCUAAGUACGAGUAGAUGUGGACUUAUCCAGUAAAGCUUCUUUCCCUGAGAUGGAUCACAGUGUAUAUGUAGCUAUCAAUAAGAAGUCUGUGAAUGCUAUUUUUAUUAUCAAAUAAAGUUUUCCAUACAAAUACAAAA